AUAACAACUAUGGCAUUACGUAGUACUUUAAAAAAUUUGCGGCUUAAAAAUCUUAAUUUUGACCGAUAUGCAAACGUUUUAGGAUAUUUCAAAUAUGCCGUAACAAGUAGCUCUGUAGUCAGUUUGCCACCUUUUGUUAAAAUUGUUGAAGUUGGGCCUAGAGAUGGCCUUCAAAAUGAAAAGGAGAUAGUCCCAACCGCAGUGAAAAUAGAAUUCAUAAACAAAUUAUCUGAAACUGGCGUCAAGUUCAUUGAAGCAACAAGUUUUGUAUCAGCAAAAUGGAUUCCUCAGAUGUUUGACAAUGCACAGGUGUUACAGGGCAUAACACGAAAGCAAGGCAUCACAUACGCAGCUCUCACGCCAAACAUCAAAGGUCUUGAGAAUGCAAUGAAGGCUCGUGCAGAUGAGGUUGCAAUAUUCAGUGCUGCGUCCGAAACAUUCAGCAGGAAAAAUGUCAACUGCUCUGUGCUGGAAAGUCUGAAACGAUGUGAGGAUGUGAUGGAGAUGGCAAAAAUCAACAACAUUCCCGUUCGCGGUUACGUUUCAUGUGUCAUUGGUUGUCCUUACGAGGGCCUCAUAAAACCUCAAAAAGUUGCAGAAGUAGCAAAGAUAUUGUGCGACAUGGGCUGUUACGAAAUCUCCCUCGGUGAUACAAUCGGUGUCGGUACACCGGGUACGAUGAGAUCCAUGCUCAUGGAAGUUAUCAAGGUUGUGCCAGUAGAUAAGUUAGCAGUCCACUGUCACGAUACAUAUGGACAAGCGCUUGCCAAUAUUUAUGCUUCAUUGGCUUUGGGAGUGUCAGUGGUUGAUAGCAGUGUGGCAGGAUUGGGAGGGUGUCCGUACGCCAAAGGAGCCAGUGGGAAUGUGGCGUCCGAAGAUGUCGUCUACCUGCUCAAUGGACUCAACAUUCAAACUGGAAUCGACUUGAACAUGCUGAUUGAUGCGGGCAUGUACAUAUCUGCAGCCAUCAACAGACCGACACACUCUAGAGUUGCUAGGGCUCUUAGGCACUGUCACUUGUGAUUUCGUGUUGUUUCUCUGAUUUUAUAUGUAUUCUAUUCCUUGUAUGUAAUGUGUUUGACGGUAAUCUUUGGUUUGUUUGGAAGAUUACAUUGUUAGCAAUAUUGUAUACUAUCCAGUAAUUGAUUAAAAUAUAUUUUGUCGUUGUUUAUUUCCGGUCUGAUUUAGCUGUUGAGUUUAUUGAUCUUAUAAGCAUUUUUGCUGUUUGUGAAUUAGAAAAUUUUCAAUCGAUUUCUUGUAAAUACAUACGUAUUUAUUCAUUUGUUUAUUUGUGUUUAGGUUGUUUAACGAAUCGUCGUGUAGAUUUGCGUCUAAAAUGUUAAAAACGACAGACUCUGUAUCAAUUUUGUCGAUAUUUUUAAGAAUUCAGUAAAACUUCACAGUAACAAAAACAUUGCAUUGGCUUCUUUCACUUUUGAAGUUUUUUUUAUUUUCUGAGAAACAGAUUUGUUAUUUAUAAUAAAUAUAAAGAAACGUUUAACUGGUUCAUUGAAAUUUAGUGGUUCGUUCAGUGGAACAACAAACAUUAUUUUAACAUUU